AUGACGGGCCCUAUUACUGCAGUAGAGGACCAAGUAACACAACUUGCUCUGUAUCUGAUGAAGGUUGACAUGUUCCCUGUCUUCUUCAUCGCCCACUUUUGCCUGUCCUGUCUGCUCGUCAGAGAAGAUUCCAAAGAUGUGGGAAUAAAAUUUAGACAAAACCACCCCUUUGCCUCAUGGUUGUGUUCCGUAGUAACUGCCCUGUCUGGAUUGUUUGUGUUGAACUUUCUCUUUGGCAAACCUUUAAUUGAAGCUGCGAAGGAAAGCACACUGGUUACAGUUAUCACAGUUAUAUGGUACCUGUUGAACUAUUCACCUUCAGAUGUGGUCUACAAGAUUGUCACAUUUACUCCGGUGCUGCUGUCUGCUUCAGUGUUGCAAGAGUGUCUUCGUGUACGCUUUAUUUACCUGGGAAUCCAGACGGCUGCCCAGGAGUAUCCAGGGCACUUCCUGGUGAUCCUACUGGCUGGAGUCAUCAAUGGAAAUGGUUACGGACUUAUUAAGGUGGCUGAGCGUCUCAUUCGAGGGAAGUGGACGCCAGAUACCAAUGAACUGUUGGAUGUUACAUAUUUCACCAAGUCUGGCCUGUAUGCCAGUCUGCUGUUCAUCCUGCACCAAAACAAGAUCAUUCCAGUGCCCAUCGAACUGCUGUAUCUGGGGAUCAUCGUGGCAUUUGUCACCCUGAGAUUGCUGAUUACUGUAGGAAACAUUGAAGACCCGCUACUACCACUUGAAUCCCCACUCACCUCCUGGCUGUUUCGACCUGCCCCAGAAGAGACCCGGGUCGAAGUGAACCAAGCACACAAACAAAAAUAG